ACACCACGACCAUGCCUGAAGUCGAGUACAUAUUCGUCUAUCCCCAUCGUCAAGCUUUCAACACCUUUCCCGUCACCGCUGCAGACACAGUCCGCCUCGGGUCUUUGUGGGACCGGGUCCAAGCAUUCGAACCCAGUCUCGUCGACCACAGAGCGGGAUGCAAGUUCUACAUCCCUUUUAAGCUAUCUUACGAGCCUGAAACAACACUGCUCUCUCGUAGUCGGCAAUGGCUUCUGCAGCACCGCGAGGACAAGGAUAAGCAGAUCACGCUUGGCAAGCGGGUCAGCACAAUCUUCCCAGACGGGCCAUCUCCCGACGAGGUGCAUUUCAUUAUUGUUACGAACGAAGUCCUGGAGAGUCUGGAUGAGCUGGGAACCGUCGAGGAAAGAGCACUCAGAGAGCGUGAACAGCGUGUUGAAGUGAUUCGGACGGCCGUCCCCCGACCUUCAUAUGGUGUCUCGACUUCUGCAGGCGUGCGGAAGGUUGUCGUCGACAAUGCCGACAGGUUUCAUGCUGGGCGACCCGCAGGAAAUUAUGGCCCUCCUGCCUGCCUCUUCAAUCACGCUUUGGGCCGCCUUGACUAUCGUUUGCGCCACCUGGACGAUGAUAUUUCUGAGUCCGCUCCUCCUCCGAUUCUCAUGCGAAUGGUGCACGAACUCAUGACAACCGCCGCCCGCUGCUAUUCAUCGGAGGAUGAUCGGGUCGAGGCCAUCAAGACUUUGCUCGGCGAGAUAUUCUCAAAAGCGUUGCAUUGGAAACCCCCCCGGGGGACCUAUGGCAUUGUCCCAGAUGCUAUCAAUGCAGACAACCCCCCUUUCGUUGUGGUGGACGUCAAGAAUGAGGCCGGUCUAGAAGGUGACGCCUCCCUGCAAGCAGGGUUGUCGUACACGCAUAUCGUAACUGCACCCCAGUUCAAGGCCUUGCGGAGACAAACGAAUUACCCUGCCAUCCUUUGUGGAUUCAUGGGCAACCUGCUUGAGAUCAGCGUUGCAAUAUACACUGACGGAAUGUAUUGUGAUUUGUUGUAUUCUGAGCGGCUGCACUUGGGAUUCUAUUCUGCGAAGAACGUCCUCCGUCUUUCCCGAGCACUCACGGCCACUCGGAAGGCCAUCGCUGACCUCACGGCGUUCUACGCACAACUCAAGGCCGCCCCUCGGGCACCUCCUCAAACCAGCAUCGCUCAUCUGUUCCCUUCGCCCUUGAAGAUCCCUUCCUACACGGGUUUUGUUCCGUCGCUCACUUUUACGCACCGGCUGACACCAUCAGGCGAGGCAGUUUUAUUGGCCGCUUCCGAAGGUGAACGACGUUCGGGUAUCUACCUCGCCACCAUGCCUUGGAGGUCCUCGAAUGUUGAUGAAGAAACGACGGUGUCCUCAUCAUCUCGCGACGCACCUACCGACAACGUCGAAGUAGUGGUGAAGUUCACCGAGCGAUAUCACCAGGAAGCGCACAGGAUACUUGCAGCCGAGCACCUCGCGCCAGCGCUGCACGCCUGCGUCCCGGUAUGUGGCGACCUGUUUAUGGUCGUAAUGGACCGGGUUCACGGCGAGAUGGCAUGGGAAGCCGCGAACCGGCAGGAGCUCCUUCCGUACCGCAUCUACCAGGAUAUCAAGCGUGCCAUCGCGCUGCUCCACUCGCACGACCUCGUCUUUGGUGACCUCCGUACCCCGAACAUCAUGGUCGUCCCUGGUGGAUCUGGUCCCGACGACGGACAUCGGGGCAUGCUUGUCGACUUUGACUGGGUCGGAACGCACGAUCGCGGUAGAUAUCCUGCUUCCCUGGACGAUGCUCUUCCGGACUGGGCGACAAGCAGUAUCCAGCGACAUGGGAUCAUGGACAAGGCACACGACGUUGCGAUGCUGGAUCAGUUCAAAGAGCAAUGUCAUUCACCGUAGCAUACUAUCGCUACUGUAAUCCAUCCUCAAGUCUUAUGUAUCGUAGCGUCGCCCAUUCCAUUGUUAGAGCUAUUCU